UCCCUGGAGGCCUGGAGGUGGGCGCUCUCCUUUUCCUCUACCCGCCCCCUGUACCUGCAAAGUGGGGCUGGCCACGGAGGGAGGGCCCUGUCCCCUGUCCCUUUAAGGAGGAGGGCCGAGCGCAGGCGAGAGAGCUGGCGUUGCCCCUAGCCCGUCCGCGCCCUCACCCCAGAGCAGCUGCAGCCACAGCUCCGGCCUCCCCGCGGUUAGCAGAGUCCGCUCCGGCCCCAAGAAGCGAGUCGCCACCAUGGUGAAGAUUGUGACGGUGAAGACCCAGGCGUACCCGGACCAGAAGCCGGGCACGAGCGGGCUGCGGAAGCGGGUGAAGGUGUUUCAGAGCAGCGCCAACUACGCGGAGAAUUUCAUCCAGAGUAUCAUCUCCACGGUGGAGCCGGCGCAGCGGCAGGAGGCCACCCUCGUGGUGGGCGGGGACGGCAGGUUCUACAUGAAGGAGGCCAUCCAGCUCAUCGUGCGCAUCGCCGCCGCCAACGGGAUUGGUCGCUUGGUUAUUGGGCAGAAUGGGAUCCUCUCUACCCCUGCUGUAUCCUGCAUCAUUAGAAAGAUCAAAGCCAUUGGUGGGAUCAUUCUGACAGCCAGCCACAACCCGGGAGGGCCCAAUGGAGAUUUUGGAAUCAAAUUUAAUAUUUCCAAUGGAGGUCCUGCUCCAGAAGCAAUAACUGAUAAAAUCUUCCAAAUCAGCAAGACAAUUGAAGAAUAUGCAAUUUGCCCUGACCUGAAAAUAGACCUUGGAGUUCUGGGAAAGCAGCAGUUUGACUUGGAAAACAAGUUCAAACCAUUCACAGUGGAAAUUGUGGACUCUGUGGAAGCUUAUGCUACAAUGCUGAGAAACAUCUUUGAUUUCAACGCACUGAAGGAACUGCUUUCUGGUCCAAACCGACUAAAGAUUCGUAUAGAUGCCAUGCAUGGAGUCGUGGGACCAUAUGUGAAGAAGAUCCUCUGUGAAGAACUCGGUGCCCCUGCGAACUCAGCAGUUAACUGUGUUCCUCUGGAAGACUUUGGAGGCCACCACCCUGACCCCAACCUCACUUACGCUGCUGACCUGGUGGAGACCAUGAAGACAGGAGAGCACGACUUUGGGGCUGCUUUUGAUGGAGAUGGGGAUCGAAACAUGAUUCUGGGCAAGCACGGGUUCUUUGUCAACCCUUCAGACUCCGUGGCUGUCAUUGCUGCCAACAUCUUCAGCAUUCCGUAUUUCCAGCAAACUGGGGUCCGAGGCUUUGCCCGCAGCAUGCCCACCAGUGGGGCCCUGGACCGGGUGGCUAAUGCUACAAAGAUCGCUUUGUAUGAGACCCCAACUGGCUGGAAGUUUUUUGGGAAUUUGAUGGAUGCGAGCAAACUGUCCCUUUGUGGGGAGGAGAGCUUUGGGACCGGUUCUGACCACAUCCGUGAGAAAGAUGGACUCUGGGCUGUCCUUGCUUGGCUCUCCAUUCUAGCCACCCGCAAACAGAGUGUGGAGGACAUUCUCAAAGAUCACUGGCAAAAGUAUGGCCGGAAUUUCUUCACCAGGUAUGACUAUGAGGAGGUGGAAGCUGAGGGUGCCAACAAAAUGAUGAAGGACUUGGAGGCCCUGAUAUCCGAUCGCUCCUUUGUGGGGAAACAGUUCCCAGUGGGUGAUAAAGUUUACACUGUGGAGAAAAUUGACAACUUUGAAUACAGUGAUCCAGUGGAUGGAAGCAUUUCAAGGAAUCAGGGCUUGCGGCUCAUUUUUGCAGAUGGUUCUCGUAUCAUCUUUCGACUGAGCGGCACUGGGAGUGCAGGGGCCACCGUUCGACUAUAUAUCGACAGCUAUGAGAAGGAUAUUGCCAAGAUCUACCAGGACCCCCAGGUCAUGUUGGCUCCCCUUAUUUCCAUUGCUCUGAAGGUGUCCCAACUCCAAGAAAGGACGGGACGCACUGCACCCACUGUUAUCACCUAAGAAGACAGUCCAGAUGCGGGCAUUUCCACAAAGUCACCUUACCAUACAGACUAUUCCAGAGAGGCAGCCCAGCUCUGCACCCCUCCCCGACCCAGAGUGGACUCCCCCCGUUCCAGGAGACAGGGUCUCCAUCUGGGGUGAGAUUUCCAGUGUUGCCAUUUAGCAACAGGGUCUAGUCCAGCAGAUGGAACUGAGCUUUCACCCAGAUGUGAGGAAGAGGAGUAUUUGUCGAACAAAUGCCAGCCAUUAUUCUGAGUGUUUUGUGUAUAUUUUUUUACAUGCUCCCAGUCACUCUAUGAGGUAGAUGCUCCGGAUAUCCCCAUUUUACAGAUGAAGUCUAGUUACUUGCCCACUGUCUCACUGCUGGAUGGCAGUGACAUGCCCCCAGUCUGUGAAACUCAGCCCUGCCUGGUUUGCCAGUGUUUUGUAUUGCCCCUUCUAUUGACUCGCUGCUUCUAACAGGUGAAAGAAAGGUUUUUUGCACUUGCACAAAUGCCCCUGUAUUUUAUUUAUUAAAGGGUCAUACCGUGA